AUGUCCCCAUCUAAACCACCCGCUAUCGCAAUUAUUGGGGGCGGACCCUGUGGGCUUACUUUUGCUCGUCUGUUGCAGACUGCGGGGAUCAAAUACCACGUGUUUGAGCGCGAUCCAUCCCCGGAAUCGACGUCUCUCAAUCAAGGUGGCACACUCGAUAUUCACAACGAAACCGGCCAAGAAGCGCUGCGGCAUGCCGGGCUUCAUGACAAGUUCAAGAAGCUGUCUCGUCAAGAUGCCACGGCCAUGACGCUGAUGGAUUCCACAGGAGGAAUCAAGGCCUCUUUCAGUGACGACACUGAUCGACCCGAGAUCGACCGCUUACAACUGCGACAACUACUACUCAACUCUCUACCUGCAGAUAGCAUUCGAUGGGGAAAGACUCUCUCGAAGGUCGGCCGUAACGAAGACGAAAAACGGCCUGGAGCUAGCUCCUGGAUGCUGAACUUUGCCGAUGGCUCAACUGAGACUGGGUUUCGGCUCGUGGUCGGUGCGGAUGGAGCAUGGAGCAAGGUCCGACAAGUGAUCACAUCUACCAAGCCAGUAUACUCGGGCAAAAUGUUUAUUGAGGGCCGUCUGUCCAACGACAACCCAGAAUAUGGCACGGCGCGUGAAAUAGCAGGCAAAGGUACUGCCAUGGCUUUGAGUGCCAAAAGCGUGCUCUGUGUUCAGCAAAUGUCUGAUAGAUCGUAUCGUCUAUACAUGGGCGUGACAGCGCCCGAAACUUUGACACGGCCCGGAGGCGCCGCUGAUCCAGCUGAUAUGGACAAGGCACGAGCAACCAUGCUGGGACCGGGGGGGUUCUACGCCGACUGGGCCUCGAACACACGAGCUUUAAUCGCUGCUUGUGAAGGUCCUUGGCGCCCUUGGCCUCUCUAUCGCCUCCCUAUAGGUCUUUUCUCAUCAGAAACAACCGACAAUGGCGGAGCAGAUGGCACCGCCAACGACCCAGACCAGACGCGCUGGAAGCGCACCCCCGGCAUUGCACUCUUGGGAGAUGCAGCACAUCUUGCAACUCCAAACGGCGAAGGCGUCAAUCAGGCCAUGUACGACUCGCUGGUUCUCUUCAAGAAGAUAAUGUCUGAGCUAGGAGAUGAAGGAGCUCAGGCGGCUUAUGACGAGGAGGCAGACCAAGCAGCGUUGGGACGGGCCGUUGCAGCAUAUGAAGCCGAGAUGCUACCUCGUGCUCGAGAACACAUUCAAAGCAGUAUCGACUUGGAAAACUUGAUCAACCAAUGCCAACCAUCUUCCAGCACGCUGACGCCAUUUGUCAAAUGUGUGAAUCUAUCCUUUCAACAUCACCCUUUACACAAGCUCAACCAGACUGUUCAACCUCCUGCAACCACCAACUUCGAUAUGGCACCCUACCAACCCGGUCUAACGACCCUUGUGGACUUGGGUACCCAUAAACUCGAGCUGACCAUUUACGGGCCCCCUCGGAGAGCACACAACCCAAUCGUCGUCAUCAUCCCCGGUAUCACAAGCAGCAUCAAAGAGUGGUUCGCAGUCACGAAGAGUCUUUCAGAGUCUAUGAGUGUCAUGAACUACGAGCGCGCAGGAUACGGAUUAAGUGAACCAGCACCCGACGGUGACCCCAGGACCGCCGAGGACAUAGCAGCAGAAUUGCACGCGCUUCUGAGAGCUGCAAAGGUCGCGCCACCCUAUAUCGUGGUCUCUCAUUCUUAUGGCGGCAUAAUUCUACGGGAGUUUGUGAAGCUGAGGACUUUGGCUCAGUUCAAGGGCUUUGCCUUUGUCGAUGCCAACACCGAGGAGACGUCAUUGACCUAUCCGAAUCCGUUUAUUCGCGCUGUGCAAGGAGAUAUAGACACGCUACAGCUCUGCUACGGAGAUUGCCAUCGCUUAGGCCACAUAGACUGGCAAAAAUUGCUGGAGGAAGAGGGACGACCUGGGCAUAAAGUCGCAGCUGGCCGAGAAUUGUCUCAGUAUCAUGCGAGCGGUAAAGCCCUAGCUGCCAAGGGGCAUUCAGAGAUUGAAGAGCCUGAGCUCGGGCGUGUCCCUCUUGUUGUUUUGCAAGCAGAUUACGCCAUCGAUCUCCAAAAGAUCUAUGCUGAAGGUCUACGAUUGGGAAACGGCACUGAUGUUGAAAGGGCUGGGAUGAGCCAAUUCAUAUCUCAGGUCAAUGCGAUCGAAGAAUCCAUGCAAAAGAAGAUAUUGAACCUAUCCGAAAGGACAAAAUUUCAGCGCGUUUCUGGCGUUGGGCAUAGCAUUCAUCUUGCCGCCCCUGAGGCGGUUGUGGACGCUGUUAUAUGGAUUUUGAUGCAGUACAGGUGCUAG